AAUUGUGUGGCCUGUAUGUAAAUGCUCAAAUCCGGAUAGAAAUCCUCGACUCCCGCUCUUCACCUCCCCUGUUCUUCGUCGGCUACGCUUCUCCUCCAUUGCUGCUUCACCGCCACCCAUCACUUCUCAUCCAACAAUGUCGACGGAUCAACCAGCCGACGAACCAGAAACAAUGCCGAGCAGCAAGAGGCGCAGAGUAGAUCCCACUAACACCCGACCAGGCCUCCUCUUCCUCGCCAGACUCGCCGGCUCCUGCAGACGCUACGAGCACAUGUAUCAUUACAUGAGAAGCCUCGUCCAACUCAUCACUCCCGAUCAACCUCUUACAUCCGAAGAGCGCAAUUGUUUCGCCACCGCUUGCUGUUCCCAUGUCAAACGCCGACAAGAUGCUUACAAUUUCAUAGCCCAAGCAGCCGCCGAUCCAAGAAGAACCGAUCAACGGCAGAGGGAAGCCGCCAUGGAUUACCUCUCGCUAAUCUCGUUGGAGAUCCACGUAGCCUGUAUGGAUAUCGUGAGGACUAUCGAUCUGCACCUUUUGCCCCAAACUGAUGGGCCGCCCGUCUCAGCGGACGAUCUAGUUCUUUACAAGCUUUUGAAAGGGAAUUUUCUAAUGUGUGUUGCGGAUGUGAAGGGAGGGAUGGAAAAGCACACCUACACAACUGCUGCGAUUGAAUGCUUUGAAUCCGCCAUGGUUGACGGAAAGGACUUGCCAUCGUCGAGUUCAGCGGGUCUUAGCUUGCAAUACAGUAGGGCAGUGCUCUAUAGCAGUGCGUAUGGACAGCCGCAUAAAGGUUAUAAGAUUGCGCAAGAGGCCUUCAAUUCUGCCAGACUAGAAUUGGAAGUGUUGGAGGAACGACCUGCAGAGGAAGCCGCUAGGGCAUUGAAAACCCUGCUACAUUUUCUCGACGCUCGGAAGAUGUAUGCGAGUUAGACUGGACCAGCAAAAACAAAAGGGAAGGGGGAUGAUUUUUAUAUUCCCUUUUUCAUUAUUUAUUUAUUUUUUU